GGACUUUUGUUGAAGUGCAUGUGGCCGAGCAGCCAUGUUUCUUCACAGCUUGUAGCUUGUGUUUGCUUUGGGGUUUGUGCUGUUGAUCCAGAAGUGCUGCUGGCUGCAGAUGAACCUUCUGGGUAGGAAGAACGUGUUCAGACAAGUACGCCAGGCAGGCCGAGAGGAGCUGCGGAGCAAGUGCCUGCGUGUGUGCGUGCAGGCUCUGCUCACUGUUGAAAAAUGGGAGAGAUAGAAGGGACGUACAGGGUGCUGCAGACUCCUGGCUCUCGUUUGGGUGUCCAGAAGAACGCUGGAGUGAGCACCUUGGAGCCGGGACAGAAUCUCUCGACUGCAAUGUCGUCAUCACCUGCCAAAACGCAUGAGAAGGAUCUGCAGGUCAAAAUAAAGAUGUUGGACAACACAGUGGAAGUACUUGACAUCGAGUCCAAAUAUUAUGGCCAGGCUUUAUUGACAGAAGUUUACAAGCAUCUGAAUUUGAAUGAAUCGGACUACUUUGGAAUUGAGUUCCAGAACAUCCAGUCAUAUUGGAUUUGGCUGGAACCUAUGAAACCUGUUAUUAAGCAAGUACGGAGACCAAAGACUACGAUGCUUCGUCUAGCUGUAAAGUUUUUCCCACCGGACCCGGGUCAGUUGCAAGAGGAAUAUACGAGGUAUCUGUUUGCAUUGCAAAUCAAGAGGGACUUGGCAGAAGAACGACUAACCUGCAGUGACAAUACAGCAGCUCUUCUCAUCUCUCAUCUUUUGCAAUCUGAAAUAGGGGAUUUCGAUGAAUCAGAGGAUCGGGAACACCUAAAAACAAACCAGUAUUUGCCAAACCAGGAAAGAAUCCAAGGGAAGAUCUUGGAGUUCCACAGGAAGCACGUAGGUCAAACUCCUGCUGAAUCAGACUUCCAGGUGCUUGAAAUUGCUCGGAAACUGGAGAUGUAUGGCAUCAGAUUUCACCUUGCAUCUGACCGUGAGGGCACAAAAAUUAACCUAGCUGUUUCACACAUGGGUGUGCUGGUAUUCCAGGGCAAUACAAAAAUCAAUACCUUUAACUGGUCAAAGGUCCGAAAACUAAGCUUCAAGAGGAAAAGAUUCCUUAUUAAACUCCACCCAGAGGGCCUGUAUCAAGAUACUCUGGAGUUUCUUUUGGGAAGUAGGGAUGAGUGUAAAAACUUCUGGAAAAUCUGUGUUGAAUAUCAUACAUUUUUUAGGCUCUUUGAUCAGCCAAAGCCAAAGGCUAAAGCAGUCUUCUUCACCAGAGGGUCAUCAUUCAGAUACAGUGGACGAACACAGAAGCAGCUAGUGGAUUAUAUUAAGGACAGUGGGAUGAGAAAAACUCCAUAUGAAAGGAGGCACAGCAAAGUCAGAGUGUCUACUCAUGCUUCAAACACAGACGUGCCAAAACAGAUUGUUGCAUUCACUGAGGGCUUGAGAACCCCAGGGUCUCCUGCCUCAGCGACUGUCCCCUUCCACUCAUUUCAUUCAUCGGCCACUCCUACUACUGUCCUGCCCAUCUUUGCAGAAACCAGCCCUUCCUCUUUGGACCCCCGAGUGCCACACGCAAGGAUUCCAGAGAAAAAUACUGCAGCGCCUGUAGAAGAAACAGGGAGGAAAUUGAUGCAGCAGCCUGGAUCUCCCACGUUCCAGUCAUUCCAAGGCCACCCAGUGGACCAUUCUCAGCUCUCCUCACUUGUGCUGAAGAGUCCCCUGGGCAUGAACACAGUGUUUCAGGUGAAUUUGAAUGCAGCUGGCCAGGGUUCAUCUCCUCUUCUGAGUCCGGUCCUCAGUGAUGCUGGCGGUGCCAGGAUAGAAGAGGAUGACGAAAUGAAACGUAAGCGCUAUCCAACUGACAAGGCAUACUUCAUAGCGAAGGAGAUUCUUGCUACAGAACGGACAUAUUUAAAGGAUCUGGAAGUUAUUACGGUGUGGUUUCGCAGUGCAGUCAUCAAGGAGAAUGCUAUGCCAGAAGGCCUGAUGACAUUACUCUUCUCUAACAUAGACCCAAUUUAUGAGUUUCAUCGAGGCUUUCUGAAAGAAAUUGAGCAAAGGUUAUCGCUCUGGGAAGGAAGAACCAAUGCUCACAUGAAAGGAGAUUAUCAACGCAUUGGAGAUGUCAUGCUCAGGAAUAUGCGUACUCUAAAGGAGUUUACAAGUUACUUGCAGAAGCAUGAUGAGGUCCUGACAGAACUGGAGAAAGCAACUAAACGCCUAAAGAAACUGGAAAUGGUUUAUAAGGAGUUUGAGCUGCAGAAAGUUUGCUAUCUGCCACUCAAUACUUUUCUGCUCAAACCAAUCCAGAGACUAAUGCACUACAAGCUGAUCUUGGGGAGACUUUGCAAGCACUACACAGCGGAUCACCGGGACUUUGCAGACUGCCGGAAUGCACUGAAGGAAGUCACAGAGAUGACCUCUCAGCUACAGCACAGUCUUAUCCGCUUGGAGAAUUUCCAGAAACUGACGGAGCUACAGCACGACUUGAUUGGUAUAGAUAAUCUCACGGCACCUGGGAGGGAAUUUAUCCGCGAAGGUUGCCUGUACAAGCUCACAAAGAAGGGUUUACAGCAGCGGAUGUUCUUUCUGUUCUCAGAUAUGUUACUGUACACAAGCAAAGGGGUUACAGGGACAAAUCAAUUCAAAAUUCAUGGACAUCUUCCUCUGCAUGGGAUGUUGGUGGAGGAGAGCGAGAAUGAAUGGGCUGUCCCACACUGCUUCACAAUCUAUUCAGCACAAAAAACCAUAGUAGUGGCAGCAAGCACCCGCUUGGAGAUGGGAAAGUGGAUGGAAGACCUGAACAUGGCAAUUGAAAUGGCCAAGAAAUCUACUGAGAAAUCUGAUAUGCUUCUGGACAACUCCGUAUGCAAUCGCUCCAAUAGAUCCUCUGAUGAGGUCUCUCUAGAACAGGAGUCCGAAGAUGACAUACACUCUUCUCGUAGCUCCUUGGACAGGCAGAGCCACCACCGUGCCAACACAACCAUGCACGUGUGCUGGUACCGCAACACCAGCGUCUCCAUGACUGACCACAGUGUGGCUGUUGAGAACCAGCUCUCGGGGUACUUGCUGAGGAAGUUCAAAAACAGCAACGGGUGGCAGAAACUGUGGGUCGUCUUCACCAACUUCUGCCUGUUCUUCUACAAAACGCACCAGGACGAUUAUCCCUUGGCCAGUCUCCCGCUGCUUGGCUAUGCAGUCAGCUCCCCUGUAGAGGCAGAUGGCAUUCAGAAGGAUUAUGUCUUCAAGCUGCAGUUCAAAUCCCAUGUGUAUUUCUUCAGGGCUGAGAGCAAAUACACCUUCGAGAGGUGGAUGGAGGUGAUCAAGAGGGCAACCAGCUCUCCUGCAAGGUCAAGUCUCCUGCUUCCAAAGGACAAGAAGGAUAGUCACUCAGACUGACGGGGGGCAGAGCUGGAUCUCUGCAAUAACAUCAGGAAAGGAUGCAGGUGGAAACAGGAGUCUCGGGAGUUGAGAAAGCAAAGAACCAGGAAGCUCAUUUCCACCUGGUAUGGAACGGGGGAGCUAGGGAGUUGCAGACAGGGAUCACAUCCACUCCGAAGGGCAUGGGAGAGGGUCAAGUCUGCUCCAGUUGAACCCACUUAGAGAGAACCUAACAACUGCAGAGCUUUGGUGUGCACACAUUGUGGAAGGUAUAUUGUUCCAGUUGUACCUGUACAGUAACACCCUUGCCUGCCCUGAAGGCAAACAACACCUUGUUUUUACGUUUUGACUGGAUGAUCAGCAUAUGUGGGAAGAAACCAGCAGCCAUCAGUGGUGUGAUCAGCUCACAGGUGCUGGCAUCAGGCUUGCUGGCUCCCAGCAGUUCCCUUCCCCGAUGCUCAUGGCUGGCUGCACAGCCAGUCCUGCUGCUGUUAACGUCAACCUGCUGGCACACUUGCCUUAGACUAACGGAGAACCCCCAGAUACACAUAGAGCUUAAAGAGUUCAUCGGGAACAAAACAGCAGCUCUUAUAGAACAGUUCUGCUACUUGGAAGCUGCCAAGGCAGUGAUUUUCCGGGGGAAGGGGGAGGAAUGAACUAAGCUGUUGAGAUGUCAGUAUAUUGCGGGUUGGUACAGGUAGGGUGCAUGGUUUUUCCUCUGAACUCUGCUAUGGUGCAUGCUGAGAGGGUCACUUGCUAUUCUCAUAUCACAGCUCCAGAGUUCUUUUAUCCUGUAGUAGGCAUUACUUAAGGCAGGGGAUGGCAAACACUUCCACCCUUAUGUGGGUGGUAUUUUCAAGGCAUUUAAGCAAUACAGGAGAACAAGGUUCUCUGAAAGUCACUGUUGCUUGUGCUUCCGUGUUACGUAAAGACUUCUGAAAAUCCCUGUUCAUACCUUUAAAUAUGGGGUGGGAUCCAUCUUCCAUUUCUAAUGAAGGUGUAAAAGUCACUGGAUUCUAGAUGGAGAAUUAGUGUGCAAGGACUCUAUUAAAUCUCUGUAUUAAAGCUGAAAUGGUUGCAGUUUGUUUUUGUAAAGCUGUCAUAUUUGUUUGCUCCUACAGAUGGACUGAAGUAAGGUAAAUGCCAUAAAAUGCUGUUGGACGUGGUUUUGAUGAGCUUUUAUUUUAGUAAUUGUGUAGUAGAAAAAGGAACAAGGAAGUAGCAUAGUGAAAGAAAAAAGAAAGUGUUGCUUGUUGUGAGGAUGGAGGAUUGCUGAGAUCCCUGUGAAAACGGGACAGACAGAGGCUGACCUGUGCAUUCUCCAAGGCUGUUUUAGGGUUGUGGUCUAUGAAACUGCAGGUAGGAGGUUAAAGAGGCAUUUUCCAGACUGCUCACUUGGCAUUUGCCUCGUAGGGAAGACAGGUGACUGCAGAUCCACUCUUCACUACCACUGUCACAAUGACCAUUGCCCCUGUAAGUUAUAUGUACUUAAUUUAUUAGUGUCUUCUUCUUUAAAAAAAAAAAAAUAACUGUCAUAGCUGUACACAUGUGGAUUGACUAGAUAUGUUAUAAUCCAGCUGGAUGACUGUUGAAAGUAAAUAGCAUCUUGAUAUAAAA